AAUUCAUACUGAAUACUUUUUUGUAUUAAAAAAAUAUUUGAAAAAGAAAUUGAUAAAUUCCUUAGCAUGGAUUUAAAGAUAAUUCCAAAUUUACAGAAUAAAUAUUAGGGGAUCUUAUCUGGUCAUAUAUUUGAAGAUGUGCUACAACUACAUAAUUGCUACAUUCCGAGAUAUUCACCAUGCGAAGUUAACUUGGGCUGACAAACUACUCCAAAGUAUAAUUACGUAUAAAUAAACGAAAUUUAACUGAAAAACGCGUUAAAUUCUGUAAAUGAAAAUCGUUAAAAUAGAAAUUAGAAUGUGUGACAUUCAAUCAUAUCUCAAGAGAAUAAGACCUAAGGAAGUAAUAUCUCAUAAUUUUAUAAUAUUGUACAGGCCACAGUAUCUUUGAGAUAUCCUCAUUCGAAGUUCUAUCACUCUAAUUGAACACGGCGAAAAUACGACGGGUUCGUAAACCCAAACUAUUGUAUCAUUCGUUGAAUGAAAAAAAUAUAAGUUUUCAUCAUUUUCUAAACAGAACGCUUCACACAGAAAGAAGUACCAAACAAAAAACUGAAUACAGAGAUGUCGCUUUUCCCCCAAUGUUAAAUUUUACGACUGUCACUUGUUGGUAUGAUUGAAUGUCUAACUUGUCAAAAUAAAAUGAAAUUUUUCGUGCAUUAUGUUCAUGUUCUUGUUUAAAUAUAUGCUAGAUAUAUCCCUUUGUUUCGUUCCGUGAAAGUGAAACACUGCAAAUGAAAACAAAAAUACGAUGUAUGUUCCAAUAAGGAACUGAAAAGGAAUUUAGUGUCAUUUUAUCAUUGCAAAAUUAAAUGAAUUAAUAAUUCGGAUGAAUAGUACACUUGAAUAAGAGUUUCGUUUUGUUGAUUGUGCUGUUGAGCUUCCAAUAAUAAUAUGCAAUAAUAAUAUGUAGGAAAUUGAGAAAAGAGCAUCAAACGUAAAGUGAAAAUGGUGUUUUAUAGCUCGUUUUGGUCACAGAAUGACGCUUCAAAUAAGUAUGCAAAAAACAGCAAACCAAGCAUGGAUGAAGACUUAAAAUUUAAGUCAAUUGAUGUUGAGAACCAGCAAUAUGGCCAACCACAAACGACGAUAAAUAUGCCCCCUAACGAAAACUCAAUUUCACCGCCAAAUAUUGGUUGCAGGCCAAACAUGCCUCCACUUGGAAUAAACAAGCCCAUUGGCUGGAUGGAUGGACUGUUAGGGUGUUUUCCCAAGACUGUAGUGUCUCUCCUUGUUAAAUCAAAUAACAAUGACUUAAAACAAAAAACUGAAGAAUGGGAAAUUCCAUUCGAAAGUAUAACCAAUCUGGAAUGGCUUGGCAGUGGCGCUCAAGGUACGGUUUUCAGUGGAUACUUGCGCAACGAGAUUGUAGCUGUGAAAAAAGUUAGAGAUUACAAGGAAACAGAUAUCAAACACUUGCGACGAUUGGACCACGAGAACAUAAUUAAGUUUAAAGGUGUGUGCACAAAAUCACCGGUAUUUUGCAUUAUUAUGGAAUUCUGUCCAUAUGGUCCGCUGCAAAAUAUCCUUAAAGAUGAGAAAGUGGUUCAGCCAGUACGAAUUGUUUCAUGGGCGAAGCAAAUUGCACACGGAAUGCAAUACCUCCAUUCUCAUAAGAUUAUACACAGAGAUCUGAAAAGUCCAAACAUCUUGGUCGGAGCUAACGAAGUGAUCAAAAUUAGUGAUUUUGGUACGAGUCGAGAAUUUGAAAAGAGUACAAAAAUGUCGUUUGCGGGUACAGUGUCUUGGAUGGCCCCUGAAGUGAUCCGAAACGAACCGUGUAGUGAGAAAGUUGACAUUUGGUCCUAUGGCGUGGUUAUUUGGGAAAUGCUAACGUGCGAAAUCCCAUACAAAGAUGUUGAUUCAUCGGCAAUAAUUUGGGGCGUAGGCAAUAACUCGUUACAUUUG